UUUUCUUCUCUUCUUAUUAGUGUAGUUUCUUGUGAGUUUGUUGUGAUUUUCCUCUCCAGAUCUUUCCCUCUGCACUUUGAUGAGACGUCUCUGUUUGCUGGGGAUGAAAAAGAAGCAGCCGAACUGAAGGAGGACAUCAGACUGGCCUUCCUCAACAUCUCCAGGAUCAUGGACUGCGUGGGCUGCUUCAAGUGUCGACUGUGGGGGAAACUGCAGACUCAGGGAUUAGGAACAUCCCUAAAGAUUUUGUUUUCAGAGCGGCAGAUUGAAGCUCUGCCCACAUCCAGCGUCCAGCGACCCAGUUUCCAGCUCAGCCGACAGGAGAUCGUCUCCCUGUUCAACGCCAUUGGAAGGAUUUCCACCAGCAUCAGAGAGCUGAAGAACUUCAGAUGGCUGUUAUCAGAGGAGCGGUGACGACGUGGAGAGCAACUCUUCUGCCUGAAUCCUGCUGAAAUAUGAUUUGAAUCACCACCAGAGUUUAAAAUGAAGAAAGAUCAGCUUUCAUUACCUGAAAGUCAAUGGUAAAAGAAGUAUUCAGAUAUUUUACUUGAGUAAAAUUACAGUGUAAAAUAACCUGUUACAAAAGUAAAGGUGUUUCAUUCAAGAUUUUACUUGAUGGCUUGAUGUGUUUAAAAAACAGGUUAAAAGCAAAGAGCAGUUUAUGACCUUUACACCUUUAAGAGAGUGUAAGUAUAUAUAUAUAGAAAAUUCAAACAUGUUAUAUGAAAAUAUGCUUCAAUCACUGUAACAGUCCAGUGGGCAGUAAUACUCUAUUUUUGUGAUUAUGCUGGCAUCCAGAAGAUGGCGCUGUUUUUAAGUAAACUGAUUUUUACUGAUAAAUACAAAAUCUAAUAGCUUUGUAAAGUCUUAAUUUAUGUAAACAAGAAAAAUAUGCACUGUGUUAAGGUGAAGAAAUGUAUGGGGGUGAAAAUAUUUUUUCUGGAAUUUUCAGACUGAGGAUUUUGUUUUUAAUCAUAC